UCUUAGUCAGGAGAACAACUUCAUCUUUGGGGGUUCAUACUGACCACACAAAAUGCUGACGGAUUCUCAUGGACUAUUUGUUUGAUUUAAAAUAUUUAUACACUUGCUUUUGUCCUGACACAGCCAGGAGCCAAAGCAGGUGCCAAAAACAGAUCUAGUACAAAAAGUAGUCAUAUAUUAAAUUAACUGCAUAAUUAAAACAGAUCUACCCUUUUUUCUUUUUUGUUAAAAUGAAGUUGAAGAAUUCCUGAGAACCGUAAAGCGUGCAUACUGUGCUGUAUCAUUUUAGUUGUCUUCAUAAAAGGUGUUUGCUGUGAACAAACACGUCUACAUAUGAUUUACCGUACAAUCAGUUUGUGUUCCUCCUCUAACCUCAGCAAGUCUUGCUGUGUCAUUGGGCCAACGUGAUUAGCUUAUAAGCAGCUCAAGAGUCAAACCACUAUUUCUGGAUUUUUUGGAUCAUAAUUGUUAGAUUCUCAGUUGGUUCAGUUCUCCUUCAGCUGUCAAAGUUAUGACAUAGCAUAUUCUUUUGCUUUCAUGGCUGCCACAAACUUAGAUUUUAAUUCAUUUAAAAAGUGACCUUAAUUCCAUCGCCGAAAACACAUAAGCCAAACAAUGUCAUUCAAGGUGAGUAACAGAGGAUAAGAAUCAGCAGUCUCCACAGUUCCAGUACAGUAAUUUAUCAAUAUACAGCCACAACUAUGUCAAUAAAUCCUUUAAUUAGCAAGCUCCACUUUCCCAGGAAAAAAAUCUUCCAGGAAUGCAGCAUCUUUUUAUCCUUUGAUCUUCAGUUGUAGCAAGCAGUGAUAUAUCGUGUGAAAACAUUAAUCCACUAAAUAGCAGAACGUGGGAUUAUAUCCACUGCUCAUCUGCUGGCAGAGAUUUCUCUAAAUUGGAUCACACUGAUUAGUAUUAGAAUGACGUCUUGCAGAUCCAGCUUUAAUCAUCUGAAACUUAGAGGUUGUUUCUCUUUUGUGCACAAGGGACCACCAGAAAUAGUUGUACGUGCUAUUUGCCAAUAAUUUUUAUUUAUUUAUGUGGAAAUUGCUAAUUUUUUUACCUCCAGAAAACUUGCCCUAAUAUCUCAUAGCAAGAUGGAAGGGCCAAACUAUAAUGGUUCAUGCAGAGUUACAGCAGUUGAAAUCUUCGAGGCAUGAAUGGUGGAGGGUCUUUUUAAAGUAAUUCCCUUUCUGAAAAAAGGAUUAAUUUUGUAGUGUCUUGGUAGAUUUCACAUUUUAAGGAUGGCUGUGAUGAAACUGAAGUUCAACCAGAAGAAAAGGGUAAAACUAGCACAAGGACUAUGGCUCAUGAACUGGUUUUCAGUUUUUGCGGGGAUCGUUGUUUUUGCCAUGGGGUUGUUCUUGAAAGUUGAGCUCAGGAAGCGAAGUGACCUAAUGGACAAUUCUGAGAGCCACUUUGUGCCCAACUCCUUGAUAUUGGUGGGUCUGUUAUCCUGCGCCUUCAAUGGUCUUGCAGGCAAGAUAUGCUACGAUUCUCUGGAUCCUGUUAAGUUCGCGAAGUGGAAGCCUCUUUUGAAACUUUAUCUGGUGAUUUGUUUCUUUUUUAACACUUUCAUUUUUUUUGUUGCUCUGUUUUGUUUUCUGAUGAGGGGUGCUCUGGAUACUACUCUGGCAAAUGGGCUAAAAAAUAGUAUGAAGUACUACCGAGAUACAGAUACUCCAGGAAGGUGUUUCAUGAAGAAGACUAUUGACAUGCUGCAAAUUGAGUUCAAAUGCUGUGGGAACAAUGGUUUCAGAGACUGGUUUGAGAUUCAGUGGAUCAGCAACAGAUACUUGGAUUUUAGCUCUAAGGAAGUAAAAGAUCGCAUUAAAAGCAACGUGGAUGGCAGAUUCUUGGUGGACGGUGUCCCUUUCAGCUGCUGCAAUCCAAGUUCCCCACGACCAUGCAUCCAGUACCAGGUCUCUAAUAAUUCAGCUCACUACAGCUACGACUAUCAAACAGAAGAGCUCAACCUAUGGAACCGUGGCUGCAGGGAAGCUCUGCUUAAGUACUUCAGUGGCAUGAUGAGCUCUAUGGGAGUUGUCAUCCUUCUUGUCUACAUUUUGGAGGUGUCAAUUAUGCUAGGGUUGCGGCUGUUGCAUACCUCACUGGAGAGCAUCGCCAAUCCAGAAGAUCCUGAGUGUGAAAGUGAAGGGUGGAUCUUGGAGAAGAGCUUUAAAGAAACUUUCAAAUCCACCAUGGAAAAUUUGAAAAAGAUUGGUAAGUUUAACCAAGUGGAAGCUGAAGGUGCAGAAGGUGAAGAGGGUGCAAAAACCCAAGCUGUGACAACUGUCAGCUGAGCUUCUUGGUUGACAAGACUGUUCCUAAAGACUGAGAAUUGUGAAUAUUCGCUUUUUAAAAGAUAUGAGCCAUCACAACUUUACAUUUGUAAAAACAAAACCCUCACUUUUAUACAGAUGACAAAUGCAAUCUAGUGCAUUUGGGGCUAAUAAAAACAUCCUUAGAUGUGUAAGACAGCUGAUAUCUUCGAUGAGAAGCAGCGACAUGAAGUUUUGAAGCAAAUGCAUCUAUUUGCUAGAGCCAUGGGCAUGAUAUUCACAAGUCAUGUUAGCAGUCCUUAAAGUGGAAAAUCGGAAAUAAAAAGAGGAAUUUAAAGUUAAAUAUUUUUGUACUUAAGUUUACAUAUAUAUUUGGAAAAAUCAAUAUACCUUUGUUAGAUGAAGGCCAUUACAUAUACUUAUAAUAGGGCAAGAGCUAAGACAUUAAACUAGUGGAAAAAUUUGUAGAAAUGUAUAUCAAUUUUAAUUUAUUGUUUUGAUUAAAAGUCUAAUACUGG